AUGCUUGGUCCUGGAAAUAAAAAGACACCAACCUUACGAGCUGUGCAACUGAAACUCAAGGAAACGCAAUCGAUGUUCGGAGAUAUUCGUCAUUUUGUCAACAACUUCAAAGAUAAUACUAGCGCAAGUCAGAUUCAGGUUAGGGUGAUCAAGUUAGAUGAGCUUUGGGAAAAUUUUUGUGAAGCUUUGGUAGAAAUCAAAUCCCAUGAAGAGUAUGUUGCAGAUGAGGACAAAUACGCUAAGGAGAGACAGCAGUUCAGUAAUCAAUACUACGAUGUGAAGGCCUUUUUGUUAGAAAAGUUAGAACUUCUACAACAACAAUCUGCUAGGGAAACUUCAAUCCAUAAUGUUUCCAUGCAAACGGCGUCAGAUCACGUUAGAUUACCUCAAAUCAAACUUCAGUCAUUCAAGGGGGACAUUGAAGAAUGGCUUGGUUUUCGCGAUUUAUUCAAAUCGCUCAUCCACUCUCGGACGGAUUUACCGGAUGUAGAAAAGAUGCAUUAUUUGAAAGGAUGCUUGCAAGGUGAACCAAAGGGUCUUAUCGAUCCACUUCCAAUAACCGGAGCCAAUUAUCACGUUGCUUGGAACAUAAUCAUGAAGCGCUAUGACGAUAGCAAACAACUCAGGAAGAGGCAAAUCCAAUAUCUCUUUAGUCUACCAUCCGUGUAUAAGGAAUCAGUUUUGGAAUUGCAAGCUUUAGUCGAGGGAUUUGAGAGGACUGUACAGAUAUUAGAUCAGAUAGUUGAGGCCAAGGACUAUAAGGAUCUGCUUUUGGUUAAUAUGCUGUCUUGUCGACUAGAUCCAGCAACUCGUCGAUCAUGGGAGGAACAGUCGUCAACCAAGGAAAAGGAUUCGUUGAAGGAAAUGUUGGAAUUCUUACAACGACAUAUUCAAGUGUUGGAAUCUUUACCAAUCAAGCCGGUUGAAUCCAGGAUUGUACAGUCUUCCGCACCAAGACAAAGGAGUCAAACGGUCAAGGCGAGCUACAAUUCUACAGAAUCAUUGGCCUCUAGUUGUGUCUGUUGUUCAGAAAAUCAUUAUCUAUACACCUGUCCUGUUUUCCAAAGGUUGCCUGUAAGAUAUCGUGAGGCUGUUCUGCGGAAACACUUACUUUGCCGAAACUGUUUUAGAGCAGGACAUCAAGGAAAGGACUGUCGGUCGAAGUACUCUUGUCGAAAUUGUAGGGGGCGACACCACACACUGGUUUGUUUCAAAUCUAAUCUGGACGAUACUUCGACUUUAAGGAACAAUACAUCUUCUACUUCUCCGGAAGACGCUGAUGCUUCUACUUCUUCAAUGGAUGCAGUUGCGAACAUAGCAACUUCGGAAACACUAAAGGAAGUGUCUACUUGCAACACAGUGAGCAGAACAACGUCGAAGGUGUUUCUGUCCACUGCGGUUAUUCUAGUUGAGGAUAGCGAGGGCAACAAAUAUCCAGUACGUACCCUCCUAGAUUCGGGUUCCGAAUGUAACUUCAUUUCGGAAAGGUUCAGUCAACUUUUAAAGGUGGUUCGGACUAAGGUUGACAUCAAGGUACAAGGAAUCGGUCAAACAUCAACACUGGUGAAGCAUCAAAUUCAGAUCAAGGUUCGAUCAAGGAUUUCGCAAUUUGCUCGGUCAGUGAAUUUCUUGGUUUUACCAAGGGUAACGAUAAACCUUCCUACUACAACGGUGGACGCAUCAGGAUGGUCGAUUCCCCAAGGUAUUAACCUUGCGGAUCCAGGAUUUUUUAAAUCAACUGGAGUGGAUAUGGUUCUAGGUAUUGAGCUAUUCUUCAGUUUGUUCGUCAUCGAACACAAAAUAUCGCUCGGAGAUAACAUGCCCACGUUGAUCGAUUCGGUGUUUGGCUGGGUGGUAUGUGGUACCUUGGCAUUACCUAAGGCGAUAACUCAGGUCAACUGUAAUCUGUCAGUCUCGAAUCGACUUGAGGAUCUUCUUACUCGUUUCUGGGAAUGCGAAGAAGUUGGAGAACAAAGCAAUUCAUCACCUGAUGAAGCAUUUUGUGAGGAACAAUAUCAACGCACAGUUCAGAGAGCAGAUGAUGGUCGAUAUAUAGUCACUCUCCCCAGGAAUGAAGUUAUGCUGAAGCGUAUGGGUGAAUCGAGGGAUAUAGCUCUGCGGCGCUUCUACAGCACGGAACGCAGGUUGGCGAAGGAUAACAACUUACGUCAACAGUACGUGGCCUUCAUGGAGGAGUAUCAACAAUUAGAACACAUGAAGGAGGUUCAGGAAAUUACAGGCAUCGAUAUCAAAAGGUGUUACCUACCACACCAUCCUGUGGUGAAGGAAUCGUCUACGACAACCAAGGUGCGAGUCGUAUUCGAUGCGUCCUGUAAAACAUCGACCGGAAUAUCAUUGAAUGAUGCCCUCUACGCAGGACCGGUGAUUCAGGAGGAUUUGCGAGCGAUUAUCAUUCGUGGACGAACUAGACAGAUCAUGGUUGUUGCUGAUGUGGAGAAAAUGUUCCGGCAAAUUUGGUCUUGCCUUACGGAUCUUCGAUUCUUAAGUAUAUUCUGGCGUGCUUCACCCAUGGAUGAGAUCAAAACCUACGAACUAUGUACGGUCACCUACGGAACUAAACCGGCACCAUUUCUAGCUACUAGAACCUUGAAACAACUAGCAAUCGAUGAAGGUCACCGAUUUCCUUUAGCGGCCGUUGCUGUGGCAGAGGAUACAUACAUGGAUGAUGUAAUAACAGGGGCAGAUGACAUUGAAAGGGCGUCGAGGCUAAGAGCGGAACUGCAGGGAAUGAUGGAAGCAGGAGGUUUUCAUCUACGGAAAUGGGCAUCGAAUUGUUCUAAGGUUUUGGAAGGAAUUCCACAGGAAAACUUAGCCAUUCCCAAAACUAAGGAAAUUAACUUGGACUCGAAUUCAUCGGUGACCACCUUAGGUUUGGUUUGGAUUCCCGGAACGGAUAAGUUGAAAUUUAAGUUCCAAAUCCCCAAGCUGGUUCCUACUGAACAACUCACGAAACGAAGGAUUCUCUCGAUUAUCGCUACACUGUUUGACCCAACCGGGCUGAUUGGAGCUGUUAUCGUUGAAGCCAAAAUUUUUAUGCAACGCUUGUGGAUGAUGCAAGGUGAAAACGGUGAAAAACUAGAUUGGGAUGAUCCGGUUCCUUCGAAGGUUAGUGAGGAUUGGUGGCGAUUCUAUCAACAACUACCACGAUUGCAGGAGAUUGAAGUUGAUCGUUGUAUAGUUAUUCCUUCUGCAGUAUCCCUGCAAAUUCACUGUUUCUCUGACGCUUCCUUGAAGGCCUACGGAACCUGUUUAUACCUACGGAGCAAGGAUGCAUCAGGACAAACCCUUGUUCGAUUGUUAGCGUCACGAUCAAAGGUCGCACCUUUGAAAACACAAUCCCUGCCAAGGCUUGAACUGUGUGGUGCCCUCCUAGCAACUCAACUCUGCCAAAAGGUGAGAAAGGCGAUUCGCAUUGACGCUCAGGUCUACUUUUGGACAGACUCUACUUGCGUGUUACGUUGGAUCAAGGCCUUUCCUGCUACAUGGACGAUCUUUGUGGCCAACAGGGUGUCCAAAAUCCAAGGUUUGUCGGAAGGAUGUCAUUGGAGCCAUGUAAGAGGAAUCGAAAAUCCAGCAGACCUCAUAUCACGCGGAUUGAAUCCAGACAACAUAAUUGACAGCCAAAUGUGGUGGAGCGGUCCGAAUUGGUUGCAGAACAAUCGCGAACAGUGGCCAAGGCAAAGUCCAGAAACUAGCGAAGAAGGAGAAGAGGAGCGUCGCCGUUGCGUAGCAAUCAAUACUGCCUCAUCGUACGAAGAGUUUAAUGUUUGGUACAUAUCUAAAUUUGAUUCAUAUCAUGAUCUGAUCCGUCGUACUGCUUAUUGGCUGCGCCUAAUGGAUCUUCUCAAACUACCAAAGGGAAGGAGGAAGAAACCGGAACCUUUAACGACAAUCGAAAUGCGCAGAGCUGAAGGAGUCCUCAUUCGAAGAGUGCAAAUUGAAUCAUUUCCCGAUGAAUGGAAGGCUGUAUCAAACGGAUCAGCUGUGUCGUCGAAAUCACCUCUUAAAUGGUUCUGCCCUUAUAUAUCCAAGGAGGAUGGACUUCUGAAAAUUGGAGGAAGACUCAACCAAUCACAAGCAUCGGAAGCUACGAAACAUCCAUCAAUCUUACCAGCUCGCCAUAUUUUCACUCGAAAACUACUGACAUGUUUUCAUGAAAGACUAUUACACGCUGGUCCCCAACUACUUUUAGCCACAGUUAGACUUUUUUAUUGGCCUUUAGGAGGAAGAAGUCUAGCCCGAAAAUUGGUUCACAAUUGCUUGAAAUGCUAUCGUUCGAACCCAUCGACCAUCCAACAAUUUAUGGGAGAAUUGCCAUCUUCGAGAGUAACUGCUUCGAGACCUUUUUCUCACACAGGAGUGGAUUAUUUCGGACCAGUAUACGUAAGACUUGGUCCACGUCGAACAGCAGUGAAGGCAUACGUUUCCGUAUUUAUUUGCUUCUGCACCAAAGCUGUACACAUGGAGCUAGUGACAGACUUAUCAACGGAACGCUUUCUUCAAGCAUUGAGACGAUUUAUUUCACGUCGUGGUAAACCCAGCGAUAUAUUUUCGGAUAAUGGAACUAAUUUUGUUGGGGCAAAAAAUCAGUUGACGAACUUGAUCAGUUUUCUAAAAAACCGAGAACAUCGCGACAAGAUCACCAAGGAGUGCAAUGAAGAAGGCAUCCAAUGGCAUUUUAGCCCUCCUAGCGGACCCCAUUUCGGAGGCCUCUGGGAAGCUGCUGUACGAUCAGCGAAAAAGCACUUGCUGAAGGUGAUGGGAGAUAGCGUUCUGAGCUUCGAAGACAUGAACACUCUGAUCACUCAGAUUGAAGGUUGUCUUAAUUCGCGACCUUUAACGCAAUUGACGGAAGAUCCUGGGGACUUAGAACCAUUAACGCCAGCUCAUUUUCUUAUUGGUUCAUCGCUACAGAGCCUACCAGAAUGUGAUUUUACUGAUAUUCCCACGAAUCGUUUAAGGCAAUGGCAUCUUGUUCAACAAAAGGCCCAACAGUUUUGGAAAAGAUGGAAGAGGGAUUAUCUUACUCAACUUCAAGGUAGGAUGAAACGUUGGAAACCCGCAGUGAAAAUUGAGAUAGGAAAACUAGUGGUGAUCCAAGAUGAUAACCAACCGCCACUACGAUGGAAAAUGGCCAGAAUUCACCAGCUGCACCCUGGACCCGAUGACGUUGUUAGAGUAGUCACACUCAAGACCAGUAGCGGUUUCUUGAAACGUCCUGUUGAACGAUUAUGUCUUCUACCAUUACCGAAUUGUGACGAAGCGGAGUCAGUACAACCCCACGAUCCUUGA